CUAUAAUAAAAAUAAAAGUAUUUUAGAAAUAAUAUAGGGGCACCCUUUCCGUUCACGUCACCCACUCACAAACCUAGAGAGAGAGUAUAUUCGCCGGUCAGAGAACCCUCGUCGCUAGUGUCACUUCGGUGUGUGAGGUCUCACGAACGAGAUAAUCUGAGAGAGCAGAGUGAGCGUGUUCGGUUGAGGUGCAUCACACUCCCAGGAAAGCUCAUCAAGGUUGUGAACGUGUCGAGAUAGGCUAUGGAUGUUUCUGUGGCAUUUCCUCAGGCAACUACAGCCUCAAAGUUUCCUCAGUGCACAUCUGACUAUUAUGAGUUUGAUGAUCUACUUACUCCUGAUGAGAGGAAUCUCAGAUAUAAGGUUAGAGAAUGCAUGGAAAAGGAUGUAGCACCCAUAAUGUCAAAGUAUUGGGAGAAGGCUGAGUUUCCCUUUGGGAUAAUUCCAAAACUGGGUGCCUUAAAAAUUGCCGGUGGCACUAUCAAGGGGUAUGGCUGUCCUGGAUUAUCUAUAACUGCAAGUGCAGUUGCUACAGCAGAACUAGCCAGAGUUGAUGCCAGCUGCUCAACUUUCGUUCUUGUUCAUUCUUCUUUAGCUAUGCUGACUAUAUCACUUUGCGGGUCAGAGGUGCAAAAACACAAGUAUUUACCAUCAUUGGCCAGGCUUGAUUCUGUAGCUUGUUGGGCUCUUACAGAACCAGACUACGGGAGUGAUGCAAGCUCCUUGAAAACAAUUGCUACGAAGGUUGAUGGAGGUUGGGUCAUUGAAGGCCAAAAGCGUUGGAUUGGAAACAGUACUUUUGCUGAUGUACUCGUAAUUUUUGCUAGAAAUACUAGUACAAACGAGAUAAAUGGGUUCAUAAUAAAAAAAGGUGCACCUGGAUUGCAAGCUACUAAGAUAGAAAAUAAAAUUGGCCUGAGGAUGGUUCAAAAUGGAGAUAUCCUACUAAACAAAGUUUUUGUACCAGAUGAGGACAGACUGCCUGGAGUUAAUUCAUUCCAAGAUACAAAUAAGGUUCUUGCUGUCUCACGAGUAAUGGUUGCAUGGCAACCAAUUGGCAUAUCAAUGGGUGUUUAUGAUGUGUGCCACAGGUACCUGAAAGAGAGGAAGCAAUUUGGUGCUCCAUUAGCAGCUUUCCAGAUCAACCAACAGAAAUUGGUCCAAAUGCUGUCAAACAUUCAAGCAAUGAUUCUUCUUGGCUGGCGCCUUUGCAAGUUGUACGGGAGUGGGAAAAUGACUCCUGGUCAGGCGAGCUUAGCAAAAUCCUGGAUAACACUGAGGGCAAGAGAGACUGCAUCACUUGGCCGGGAAUUAUUAGGAGGCAACGGAAUCUUAACCGACUUUCUAGUAGCAAAGGCGUUUUGUGACUUGGAGCCGAUCUACACAUAUGAAGGUACCUACGACAUCAACACCCUUGUAACAGGAAGAGAAAUCACAGGUAUUGCAAGCUUCAAGCCAGCUCUAUUACAUCAAAGGAGUCGCAUGUAAUUGAAUUUCAAUCUAUGACUAGAUGAUCGGCACAAUGUUUAUAGCUCGAUUACCAUCAUGUAUCUUCAUAUUUGCAUAAUAAAGCAAAUCAGAGGAGAAAAAAACUUCAAAUUUGCUUUGGAGCAACUUUGUAUGCCAACAACAAAUGAUAUCAUUUUCUGAUUACAACUCUUGUAUCAUACACAUCAUAUCCUACUUUAUUAUAAGGUAGUGACACAAUUUAAAUAAUAUCAAAAUUACAUA